GUCGCAGUUCAUUGUAGUGGUGGAGUGCGAAGGGAACGUGCUACCGUGCGUUCAACUAUUUAUAAUCAAAUAGGGUGCAUCUGUGUGAGCGUGUGGCUACAUUAUGCACCGCGCACACAGGCGCGUCGAGGCGAGCGAGGCAAUGAUGUGCACGAAGUAUUAUCCCUUAUUACACGAUCCGCUUCCGCGCCGGCCGCACGUACAAUAGUUGUCACCCGACCUCUUUUGUCGAAUGCAGAGCGAAGUGUUGCUUGUUUACGUCGAAAUGCUGGAGCGAUGCAUAGAGCGUUAGUUAGCGCGAUUGUGUCAUCGACCGAGCGUCGAUUAUCUCUAAAUUGCGAGUGAUUCACGGACGAUGUACGCUACUGUGGUUUCGCUGAAACUUUUUGUGAACUUGUGAACUUUACCGAAAAGUGAUUUCUUUUGGGAAAAUUGAACUGUGACAUAUUUCCACUCUCAGACUCGGUGUGCCAUUUUCUAGUGUCAAAGUGAACUCUACACGGAAAAAAUAGAAAUAGGCUUUUGAGAUUUUUAUUGGACUGUUAAAAAAAAUUCUUAAGCAGCAGAAAUUUUGCGAAGUUGAUUUUCUGAAUCCGGGAUAUGUGAUUCAAAGAACUUAUAAUAAACAACAAGAAUAUUCAGAUAAAAAUAAUUUACGAGAACAAAAAAUAAUUGAGCUCUAUAAAUAUAAAGGGAGGAAGAAAGCUAAACGCGCACGAGCGUAAUAUAUGCAUAGAAAACAAACCGCAAUCUGUCCACGCUUCUUCCGUAGAAAAAGGCGUUGUGAGAGACAAAGAUGGCUAUAGCAUUCAACUUGCCGAGCGAGAGAGAGGCAACAGAGGAGAACUUUUCACGAUUGAACCGGCUCCUCGCCGAGUUGUACGAGGUCUUAUGCCACAUCUUGGUAUCACGACAGCCUGGCCCAGAAGCCCAGGAGAGCCGGCGAGAUCGUCCGUACUCCGAAUCGGACAUCCCAGAGAGAUCUCAACCACCGGUGCAGCAAUGCCGCCGCUCUGCAUCAUCACCGCCCCUGACCCUGAGCUUCGACAGCGACCUGGAAGACGACGUCUUCCUCCCGAGAUCAGACCCUGGGAACGACAGGUUCUCUACCACCAACUUGGAGAUCUUCAGAUAUGGGAGAACGCCGGCUGGUGUUUUACUGAGUCCGAGGAGAGAGAGGUCGUUCAACUUUUCAGUGACCAGCGAGAAACAUUGGAGGGAUAAGGGAGGGACGGACGUUGCUGAUGACGUCAUAGAUGCUGAUGUUACUGACGCUGCUACAUCAGAACCGGUGUUUGCUGAUAAAGAUUCGUCAUCCGAAAGCUCAAUCUUCUCCUCCAUACUACCGGACAAAGUGUCUGGUUCAAUUUGCACUGCCGUUUUGUGCUUGGUCGGUUGGAAGCUUCUUUGUAAUAAACGGUGAACUAUAUUACAAAAUUUGCUUGGUUUUUCUGACCGUUACAAUGCUAGUUUACGAUUCGAAUGAGAAAAGACCUUCACCCACCUUUUUUGUAGAAUGAAAAAUGUUUUUAAUCAAUAUUAUUAUGGUUAAAAAAUAUAGUGCGAGCAGGUUUUCUAACAAUUCGUAACCAAACAAUUAUUAUUAAACAUUAUUAAUUAUUAUUAAUGAUAUUUUGAGUUUUUUGGGAAACCUAUUCGCAAUGUUUUUUUAACAUGCCUACUAAUUUUUAUUUAAAAUAUUUCUCAUCCAAUAAACAGAUCGGUGAAGGUGGUUUUUAAUUCAGAUCUUUUACUGUGCGUGCAAGGAUAUAUUUAAUCAACGUAUUUUAAUGUACGUUUUUGUAAAUUUUAUAAAAGUUAUAAUAAAAUACCCGACUUUUACAUAAAUGUAGACAAAUCUAAGUACUUGUAUAUUGUACUUUUAGAAUCUGUCACUGACGAAUGAUUUCUCGUGAAAUAUCGUUUAUAAGUAACGAUAUUUUGUUUUGUAUAAAAAUACUUUUGUAGAAACUUUAUACAAGAUUAUGUAGUUAAUAUUGACGUACUCUGUAAAUGAUUGAUGUAACGGUUUUAUUUAAAAAGCAAAUUUAAAAAAAUAUAUGAUUUAUUGUAAACAUACAAACACUGUAUUGUUGAGAUGAUUAAUGGAUUAAGAGUAACAUCAAGGUAAUGAAGAGAUGCAUCGAUAAAUUGCUGUUCGUAUUUGAAAAUAUAUGUAAAUAGUAUAAUGCCUAUUUUGUGUAGAUAUAUUUUUACAAUUGUAUGGAAAAAAUAAUUAGGUUAUUUUGACGGCCAAUACAAAAUCAGCAAUAAAUCAAUCAGCGAAUUAAAAACAACGUGGUAUUACAUUUGUUAAUUACUUUUAGUGAAUACUAAACUAUGUUCAAUUGAUAAAACACGUGAGAUAGGGAAAUGAUAAUAAAGUGGAGGGUUUCACUAUAAAUUAAAUAUAUAAAGAAAUUGCGUAGUUUUCAUAAUGUAGUAGUUUUUGUAUGAAAAAAAAAACAAUUAAAUGACGCACAAAAUUGUAUUCAUAAAAAUGUAGAAGGACACCUAAUUAAUAAUCAUUGUAAAACUUUAUAUUUUAUAUCGUCUUGAAAUUUUACAUUCCGCUUUUGAUGUUGAAUAAAAAAAUAAUCAUGAAAAAAAACAAACAAAAUUGCUUGUAUCUUGUUAAAAGUUUGUAGUAGUAAAAAAUGUUUACACGUUGAAUAUACAGAGGUUGAUAAAGAUUAAAGGUCAUAGAUCAUUGAACCUACACAGCGCCUGUUUGGCACUUUGUAUAGAAUACUAUGAGCAUACUCUCUACAUCAACUCCGGAGGGCCUCGUUUACGUGUUUACUACGCACAGACAACAGGUGACACUCAUUGGUGAGUUGUUAUGACAACCAGUUGUAUGCACCCUAGCUUUGCGCUACCCAUAUAUGGGACGCGAAUAGAUUGUGCACUAUUGAGUAUUUCUUGUACGAGGAUAAUGCAUUCGCGACGUUCGCUGAUUAACACGCGGCACCCAUCCGCGGAUCAUCUGUCGACAACGAGUGGACACCGUACGACGAAACAAUGCUGAUCAGGCGCUGGGCAUGUCCAAUGAGCUACGACCCUAAUGCUUAAUGUAAUAUAAUUAUUCUUUAGAAUGGACCAGGUGAAGACGUUUAUAUAGUAACAAAAGUAGAUCUUUAAAUAAAUCAGAAUAACGUCUUUAACCCCAUAAAUUGUUCCAAAGAAGAGCAGCCUAAAAUUUUGUCAUUGUUUGAUCUCAUUAUAUUAUUUUUUUUUGUAAUAAAAAUGUUUUAUUUUGUAAUAUCUUAGUGUAGGAAAUAGACCGUUUUUUGGAUAAGGGUUCGUGCCAAGUUUUCAAUUUUCUGAUGGUUUUGUACAUCUAAAUUAUUAAAGCUUGUAGUGAAUGCGGUUAUACAUUAUUUUACAAAUUUUGGUGAAUAGAGAAUCGUAUUUUAUUCGAUCCAAUGAAAUCAAAUCAAAACAAAAAUCCAGAUUAAAUGACGGAAGCACACUGAUAUAGUAUUAUUAUUACCCGAUGCUUACGAUACUUUGUUAGUAACAAACUAAAGAAGCUAAUGUGAAUUAUGUGUUUAAUAUAAUAUAGCAAUACAUGUGUGACCGCCUUUAUUUAUAAUAAUUACAAUUACAAUUCCACUAAGUAAAUGAAAUGAUGAUUUAUUAAAUGAAAUUUAAUUUGCCAGUUAAGAAAGCCAUAUCGGAAUUCUAUUAUAAAUAUAGACGAUUAUUUUAAGAUAAUAUUAUGUAUUUAAUAUUUAUAAAGUUAAUAGGAAUGGGCAGACGUAUUAAUGCUCGUUACCGAUAAGUAAACGGCUUUUUUUAGUUUAAAAUAUUGUAAAAAGUUAGUAAAAGCUAGUAUAUGAUUCAUCAGUUGUAUUGAGGCUUUGUUUCUAUGAGAUCUAGAUACUCGUACAAACUAUAAAUUAAUACUUUUAUUAUUAUUUUUUUUUAAUUUUGAAUACCUACUCGUAUAAAACUUUAUCUAUUUUCCGCCAUUAUAUAUUCUUAUUAAUUUUAAAUUUAUAAUCAUCUAUAGUCCGAUUUAUCCAUCCAUAAUAAAUAAAGUCAAAAUAUUAAUAAUACUGUUUUAAUUUUCGAUAAUUAUUAUGAAAAUGUAUAUUUUGCCACUAAAUGGGAACAAAAUAUUUCGGGAGCAAAAAUGUUAAGUUGUCAUAUAGUAGUUUUAUUUAGAUUUUAUUUUAAGGUAAAACAAAAUAUACAGAAGGAUGUGUUCAAAUGUGAUAUGUAUUUAUUUAAGGAGUCGAUUAAAAUAGAAAAAAAAAGAAGUUUUCCUAAUGAUCUCUUGGAAACUCUUGUGUGCUAUACGUAUUUGUUAGCGAUACACUAAUGAAUGUAAUAAAUACUACUGUGUUGAUACUCACAAAAAGCGAAUUGUAAUUGUUAUAAUUUUUUUUCGAAUCAUAAAGUAACUCACAGCAAUAUGUUUGUAGAUUACAAUUGGUGAGAAGUAUUUAUAGUAUUCACUAGUGUUUGGUUACACAAUGGAAAGACAAGCACAGUAAGAGUUUUGUAUAUAAAUUAAAAUUGGUAUGCUUACGCUCUUUUAUAAGGAUUGUAGAAAAAGAAUCUAAAUUUCCAUAAUAAUGCUAUUAAAAAAUUAUUCGGAGAAUAUGCAACGAAAAUUUAUUGAAAAGAAUUCUAAACACAAAAGGUCAAUUAAACUGAAUUAAAUUGCUUAUAGUUAUUUAUUUACAAAACACUUAAUAAUUUUACACACAGCAAUAAUUAAUUGGUUUUGUAAGUUUAAUAAAAUAUUUUGUAAAUCGAUUUUAUAAACCAUUGCAUCUUCUCCGAAAAGAGCAUAUGCUUACGCUGAUAAAACUAUGUACCCUAAAUAUUAUAAUAACUCCUAAUAAUUCAAAAAUAAGCAAUAUACUGUAAUUACUCUUAGCCUGUAAGAAUUAUUUCACUACCAAGUUUUUCUUUCUAUGCAUACGACGACAUAUUAAAACAAAUAUAUACACAUGAAGAUACUAAAAAAUAAACUGUCCGUCUAUAAUAUCAUACUAAUACAUAUUAUACAGUUGGACUAUACUGAUCAACAUAAUUAUUAUCUUAAAUAACGCAGACCUGAAGUUUCACAACUUUGGUGCAAGUGACGUAAUCGCAUUUAUUCUGAAGUCAAAACGAGCCUGAUCAAUAUUUUUAUUUUUUAUUUAUUUCGGACAGAAAACAUUUACAUAUUAAAGGUUACUACAGACUUGAAUUAUUACCAUGCAAAGGAGUUAUUAAAUAUGUAAACAACAACACUAUCCACGAAUUACAUAAAUGAAAAAUUAAAGCGUCACAAACAAACAAUACAAACAAUAUCUUGUUACCUAUCCAAAAAGUAUUUUUUCAGCACUUUCGUAAACAUUGAGACAUUGACUGCUCACUACAAUGUCAUCGUAUGCAAAUCUUCUUACAUCUUAUAAUUUUCUUUCAACUAAAAUUAUAGUAAUUGUAACUUUGAUAUUUUUUUUUUACUUUUAUAAUUCUACACGACGCUUUCUUAUGAAAAAUCAUUUAAAUGAACGUGUUACUUAAAAUAAUUAUGUUGCAUAAAUGGCCUGUAAAUUGUAGAAUAAUUUAGUUUUUAGUAAAUUGUGUAAAUUACUUUAUGAUUAUUACAAUAAUUAUAUAAUUAUUAUCCCAUACCAAUUGAUUUUUAUAAUUUGUGUAUUCGAUUAGAUUUAAAUUUUUAUUUUGAGAUUAACUGCCAAUUUAUUACGUCUGUUUUAUAUUCUUUAUUUAAAAAUAAUAUAAUUUUUUA